AUGGAGGUUGAUUCCGCUGCGGCUGAGGCAAGCUCUUGGCAGCUGGAGGAGGUGCUGGCUUGUAGCGAGGACGAGACGCUCGAUGUUGGUGGGGAGGAGGAAGCUGCUGGGCUUCCUUUCGACGCCGCCGAAGGCGAAGAUAGCGAUGACGAGCCCUCGCCUGCAGGUGGUGCAGGCCUCUGGGACCCAUCUCUAGGGGGGAUCGCGACCCUUGAAGAAGAGAUAAAGAAACUAGAGUUCCCCAACCUCGAAGACGGGACCGGCAACUUUGGGGAGAAAACCAUGGACAACGCAGUCGCGAUGUUGAUGGCGAAGACCGGACGCGGCUUCAGCCUGAAGAGAGAGAAUAAAACAAAGGUGGGUUGCGAGUUCCACUUGGGGCUGUGGUGGGGGGCCGACAUGAAUACACCGCAAGUUGCAAAGCCGGAAAGCAAAAGACGAAACCUGGGAGGAACGGUCGCCCGAGUGGCUGUGCAGGGACACUCGUAUGUGGAAAGCUUCAGGACCAAGCACCUGCGAACGUUCAACUUCGUCCUGAACGCAGUGAAGUACGAGCAGUGCAGCCAGCACGCCACGGAGGACACUGAAGCACAGAUCCUCGGGGCUCUCAGUUACGAGGCGAUACCUGUCGUGCGUGACGAAGAGGCGGCGCGGAGACUGUUCGAGGAGUUGGUGGCAGACCCGACGAAGGCGAACCUCACGUACGACACCGGCUCCGGAGAGUUGGUGGACCCUUCAAUACCGACGUCCGAAGCCGCUGGUGUCUCCAUGGUGUCCCGCACAUCCGUGCCUCACUUCGCGGAGUUACUUCGUGACCAGAACGUCCACACGGUGGUGCGCAUCACACCGAUGUCUACGGCGUCCGAGUGCGGUCACCUCGUCGCCCUUGGACCGGACGGCUUCUUCCUCUGCACGUGCCUGCGGCAGCUCGUCUACGGGCUACUUUGCCCGCACGCCAUCAAGGCCUUGUGGUACCAGCGUGCCUCCCAAUUCAACGGAGCAACCAUUUCACCAAGGUGGCGUGACAGUGAGACGCCAUGGACGAUGGCAGCGCUGGCCGCUAAGCCUGCCAAGCUAUCGACCGGAGCUGCGGGGCUGACGGGACCUGCGGGGCCUACCGGACAGAUGCCGCCCGUCGACACCAGUCCGAUCGUGUCGUCCCACUCCGGACCCAACUUGUCGGCCUACGCGUACGCCAACGGCGUCGCCGUAGGGAAGGAGCUGGGUGGUAUGUUCAAAGAGGUCCCGUCUGUGGCGAGCAUCCAACGCUUGAUGGAGUCCAUGAAGCUUCACGCCAAGCAACAAAUCGAGGUGGAGAAGCGGUCGUUACGAGACGAGUCAACGAGUCGGGUGUUCACGGGAACUCUCCCCCGGCCCACCCCUGCCCUGCCGCAGGGAGACGCCGGGGACCCUGGUCGGGGGGGGCGCGGCUGGGGGGGAAAGGGGUCUACCAGAAGAGGACGGGCAGGGGAAAAGGGUGACCCUGGAAGCAGCAGCCAGGGAAGCGGUGGCGGUGGAAACGGCGGCCGGCGAAGCGGUGGCAGGGGCGGAGGGACAGGCCACGGGCGCGCAGGGGGGGGCGUAAACUCUGCUGGUUUCGCUACGGGUUCGCCGAGCGGUACCACGGGGGUUCGCCGAGCGUCCCACCCUCCGGCAGGAUCGGACACCACCAGCGCCGCGCCUAUCGGCUUCCAGGCGGCACCCGUCAACGGGGCGCACACGUCCGAGGGCUUGGCGUUGCCGUUUCGUGCCCUGGACAACGUGGACGUUUCUCGUCGCGGGGGGGGGCAGGCUUCGCCACCGUUCCAGACGACCGCCCAUCUUGUUCAGUUGGGGCGACUGCAACCACCGCCCCGUAAGAAGCAAACGGGGCCGAGCAAACGACACAAAAGUAGUAGUGCGCCGUAGUGGAGGAGACCGUUUACCUGUAGGACACGUCAGGAAAAUGUAAAGCGUGUUGCCGAUGCCUUACUCGGCGUUGCAUUCGCUUUGUUACCGUUGGCGCGUGUUGGUUUGCGCGCGCGUGUGGACGUGUGUUGCGUGUGUUGGGGGGUCUGCCAACAGCAUCUGUUGUGUCGGAUUGGUAUUAUUUCCUUCGGUAGCCGGCCCGCCGCAGCAAGGAGAAGGGGGAUUCGCUUGGAAAACCAUUGCCGGUUGGCAGGGGUGGAGGGGCAAGAGUCUCUCGACCCCGCGGAGUCUUCGUUCUUCCCCGUGUCCGAUAUGUUUUGAGUUUUUUUUUGCGCGUUGGAUGAGAGUACCGCUGGUCCCUUUAUCAUGACCACUCAUUGGAAUUAAGUUGCAGCCUUGAUUCGGCGUCGUGAUGGUGUAUCUUCUUUGCCCGUUGACAUUUUAUGCGGUUUCCCUAGAGCUCUCCGGUUUUGAAAGUACUCGCGUGUUCAUGUUGGCAGUUGUCAUGAUGCUCCAAGAAUCAUAUGAUACAAACCAACUUUUCUUCUC